AUGGCAGACACGGUGGACGAAGAGCUCUCCGCGCGCUUCUCGCCCAACAAACCCCUCCCUCCCGACAUCCUCACCGAGCUCCAAUCCAUCAUGCGCCUGCACGACCUCUCGCCAGAAGACAUCUAUCUCAAGUGGGACUCGUACUGCCUCCGAAUGGACUAUGAGGCGCAGGAAGUCACCCUCGCCAAGAUCCGUUCGCUCAAGCAUGCCAUCCAGGACACACUAGAAAAGGACAGCAGUCGACGCGCGCAACAGCCCAAGACGAGCGCCACCCCUCGGCAGCCCAGGGGAGGAGACGUAUACGGCAUCCUAGACGGCAUGGUGCCCAGCACACCUGCGACAAGUGGGAAACUGAGGGCGCCAGGCAGUGGACUGAAGCGGAAAGCCGGCGAGACACCGAGGAGCAGCGCGCCCAUGAGCUCGCCAGCAGGGGGCAUGAGCGAGCAGCUCAAGACCAUGAAUGUGGGCAGCGUGGCUGUCUUCAGCGAACGCACAAACGCUGGAGAAGUGGUGGAGAUUUUUGGGAAACAGCACGACGCGCCCGAACCGCCCAUGGCGCCCCACGCAGAGGCGCGGAUCAGGCUCAAGGCCGCGUCCGACCAGACAAAGACGGGAUACAAGGCACUGGCAAUGAAACUAUCAGAGGCAAGCGGGAUCCUCGACGAUCGGAUCGAGGAGUUCCAGACACUGGUGCAGGAGUAUCACAGUCUCGAGGAGUCGUCCUUUGGGAGUGCCGCGAGCCAGAGCACCACCCCCAUCGUGGCCGUCGGGAGGAUAGCGUCCGACUCGCUGACGGGCAAGCUCAACGCUGCCUCCCUGGUGCUCGAGACGUCGAGACGAACCGGCAUGGCGUUACGCAUCCCACUGGAUAUGAGCAAGAUUCGCAGCUGGAGCUUCUUUCCGGGCCAGACCGUCGCCCUCAAGGGCAGCAACACGUCUGGCAAGGCCUUUGUCGUCGAGGAGAUCCUCGAGAUCCCCCUCCUGCCCAAUGCAGCCUCCGUCCCGUCGGCAUUGGAAGCCCACCUGGAGAAGCUGCGCGGGGGCGCGGACGCCAUGGUAGAGGACGACUCGGAGCCUGGCCCCCUAAACAUCCUCUUCGCCUCCGGGCCGUACACCGCGGACGACAACCUCGACUUUGAGCCACUCCAAGCGCUCUGCAGCCAGGCGGCCGAUGCCUACGCCGACGCGCUCAUCCUCACCGGGCCCUUCCUCGACAUUGACCACCCCCUGAUCGCGACGGGCGACUUUGACCUGCCAGACGACGCCAACAUCGAUCCCGACACCGCCACCAUGGCCACGGUCUUCCGCUAUCUCGUGUCGCCGGCGCUCAACAGGCUGGCAGCCGCCAACCCGAGCAUCACGAUCAUCAUGGUGCCCAGCGUGCGCGACAUAAUCGACAAGCACGUCUGCUGGCCCCAGGACACCGUGCCCCGUCGCGAUCUCGGUCUGCCCAAGGCCGCCAAGAUCGUCUCCAACCCCAUGGCGCUGAACCUCAACGAGGCCGUCGUCGGCCUCUCGUCGCAGGACAUUCUCUUUGAGCUGGGCGGCGAGGAGGUCGCGCACAACCCGGCGCACGAGCGCCUGGCGCGGCUCUGUCGAUACCUCGUCGAGCAGCGGCACUACUUCCCCCUCUUCCCGUCCAUGGAGAGGAGUAGACUGCCGGCCACGGGCACCGAAAACAAGACGGCCACAGGCGCGGCGCUCGAUGUUGGGUACUUGAAGUUGGGCGAGAUGUUGAAUGUCAGGCCAGACGUGAUGAUGACGCCCAGUGCGUUCCCCCCGUUUGCGAGAGUUGUCGAGAACGUCCUCAUGAUCAACCCGGGCACAUUGUCGAAACGCAAAGGCGCAGGCACAUUUGCUCGCAUGGCGCUCUUCCCGCCCAAGGUCGAGGGCGCCGAGCUGGUGGAUGGUAUGGUUGGGCAUAGAGUCUUUGACCGCGCACGGGUCGAGAUUGUCAGGAUAUAA